UCUCUCGUGCUGACCUUCUCUUUCUUUAAUCUUCAUCUCUCUUAUCCAAUUUUCCUGUGAUUUGUUGUGUUGAAUGAUGAUUCCAGUUCGUGCUUUUUUCUCGUGCUAUUUACCUUAACCUGUGCGUGUAUCCUGUAUAUUAUAAUUAAUCACAUUUACUUAAUGCUAGUGAACCAUACAUUUUGUACAUCUAAUUACUCUGUUAACCGGUGAAAAACCACUAAAAAAGGGAGAGAGAAAAUCCAGUUACUUGGUCAAAUCAAUUCAAAUUAGAAGUUUUUAUUUGAUAUUAUCUCCCUCUUUUUCACUCACUAUCUCUCUCUCUUCAUCUUCAUCUUUCGCUUUCUUUCUUACUUUUUUCUCUCUCUUUCGAUACCUUUCUCUGUCUUCAAUUCGACACCUUUCUAUCAUCUUAUUUUUUUUCAUUCUUCACACACACACUUUACUCUCUUUCCUCUUUCUCUCGCUCUCAUAUAUACAUACAGUCAACUUUCCCUUUCCUUUCUCUCUUUUCUCCUCUCUUUCAUCCACACUUUUCCCCUUCCCUGUUUUGUAGUUGUAAUGAAUUGUAACUGCAAUUGUAUUUUCAAAUUGUACCAACCUUGUCCAAAUGGUGUAUGUUUCUCUCUUCCAACAGAUCAAAAUAUGAACGUGAUUAGAAAAUAUGGUGGUACCCCUUGGAGACGCAAUGAUAGACUAUACUCACCUGGGGUAAUCGGAUUACACGAAGAAAUUCUUGAUUUUUAUGAAUAUAUGUCACCAACCAUGGAAGAACACUGUAUGAGGUGUCAAGUGGUUGAAUCAAUUAAAAAAGUAAUCAAAAAGUUGUGGCCUGCGGCUAAAGUUGAUGUGUUUGGUUCCUUUAAGACUGGCCUUUAUUUGCCUACCAGUGACAUUGAUCUAGUGGUUAUCGGUGAUUGGCCGACAUUACCUUUGCAUACUUUAGAAAAAGCUCUCCUCGAUGCUGGUCUUGUGGAAUCUGAUUCAAUCAAGGUGUUGGACAAAGCAUCAGUGCCAAUUAUAAAACUCGUCGAUAAAAAUACACAAAUUCAGGUCGACAUUAGCUUUAAUACUCUAAAUGGAAUUGAGAGUGCCAAAUUAAUUAAGAAAUUUAAAUUAGAUUUUCCUCAUUUGGCCAAACUAUUUUUGGUUGUGAAACAGUUUCUUGUACAAAGAGACCUUAAUGAAGUGUUUAAAGGUGGUAUCUCAUCUUAUUCCUUGAUCUUAAUGGUUGUCAGCUUUCUGCAACUCCAUCCUCGCCAAGAUGCUGUCUCACCGACAUCCAACUUGGGUGUACUUUUAUUGGAAUUUUUCGAAUUUUAUGGUCUACUAUUUAAUUAUAAAGCUGUUGGUAUAAGAAUAAAAGAUGGUGGAUCAUAUGUUCCAAAAUCAGAAAUUCAACAGCAAAUGCUAGAAACGGGAUGUCGACCUUCUUUUUUGUGUAUCGAAGAUCCCCUUGACUCAACAAAUGACAUCGGUCGAAGCUCAUAUGGUGCAGUUCAUGUACAAGAAGCCUUUGAAUACGCCUACCUCAGCCUGAAUAAAGCAUGUGGUCCAACAAGCUCUAUAGUAGAUCAGACCAAAAGUUUAUUAGGGCGAAUAAUACGAGUCUCGGACGAAGUGGUCGAAAUGAGGCUCAGAGUCAAAGAAAAAUUUCCAUCGCCUCCCACUCCUCUCUCACUUCACCAUCACAAUAUAAAUCACAACCACCACCAUAACCACCAUCACCACCACCACCUUCCUCACUUAAAAAAACCUUUACCUAAAAAUUAUGGACCUUUUUGUGAAAAUUUCAACGAUAGUGCGAUAUCAUUAGCAGAAUCAUACGACGAAGAUGGUAUCACCAGUUCGUCAGCUUCUUCAAUUGCAUCAAGUGAAAAUUUUAUAAACAGCUCAAUUAAAACAAUAAAGUCAAUCAAAGCAUAUAACUCAAGUCAUCAGGGUCACCGUGAAGUGUCAUCGCAUGCUAACUCCAUUCCACCGAAAUCAAAUCACCUUGGAAACCCUUGCAAUCAAAAUUGGAGGCAUCCCGGUAGUUUUCCGUAUCAACCCCGGUACCGAGCAAAUUCUGGUAAAAGGAAAAAAAUGCAUCCAUCAACUGCUGCAUUGAUAUCACCCAGUAGUGCAAGAGAUUCUUAGCCUCGAAUCAACUCGUUAAUGAAGAUAUUAACUCACACAAGCCAAGUAAAAAGUGAUCCAUUGCGAGAUAUAACAACAAAAAAAUGAAGAGAAUCUCUUUGUAAACAAAAACAUUUCUCUCACUCUCUCUCCGGCUUUAUUUAUCUCCUUUUCUUCUUCAUUUUCCCUUUUUUCAAUUACACUCACAAUCUUUGUCUCUUUCUAUUACUACUAUUUUUUCUUAUUCAAAGGGAAAAGUAUAAAAAAUCAACAAAAAACACCAAAAAAAAAUUAUAAAGAAGAAAAGGGGAAAAUUUUUCCAAGUCAAAGUUAAACCAGAAAACAAAUUAACAAUAAAAGGCUCUUGCCAAUCAUUUUUGUCACAAUAAUAAUAAUAAUAACUAGUAUAACUGCCAAUUAAUUGAAAAAAAUGAUAACAAUUAACCACAAAAACGCAAUGCAAUGUGUAGAUGUGUUAAUAUUUGUUACUAAAUAUUGAUAUCCAAUAACAGUUAUUCUAUGUGCAA